AUGACGGUUCGUGCUCUCCUCCGCCUUCUCUCCGGCCCCUCGUCUUUUUCAAUCUCCAUCCUCGUCAACGGUGGCGUGCCUCAUCCAAUUCUCCAAUACCCAAUGGAUAUGGACGCCGCCCGCUCGGCAGCCCCCUGCCGCCGGCUUGCGCUGCACCCGCCGGCCUCCGCCCCCGCAGCCCUCGGGAUCAGCCCCACCCACCGCGUCCCCGGCCGCCGCCGAGCGCCUUCCACGCCGCCCUCGGGCUCAUCCCCGACCACCGCGUCCCUGCUGCCCACGGGCUCCGCCCCCGCCACCGCCGCCAUCCCCGCUGCCGAGCGUCAUCUGCGAAGCCAUUGUUUGGGUGAAGAAAAUCGCUGCAUCACGUGGUUGAUUUCAUCCAGGAAGGCCGCUUCUAAGGUUCUAAGACUUUGUACAGUUUACAGACUUUUGCAGACUUUGUACAGUUUACAGACUUUUGCAGACUUUGUACAGUUUAGAGGACUGAAUCACGGCGUCUGGGUCCACGUGGACGCGGCCUACGCCGGCUCCGCGCUGGUGUGCCCGGAGUUCGGUCACGUGAUCGACGGCGUGGAGUCGGUGGACUCGUUCAGCAUGAACGCACACAAAUGGCUCCUGACCAACAACGAUUGCUGCGCCAUGUGGGUGAAGAAGCCAUCGGAGCUUAUCGCCGCACUGGGUACGGAGCAGGAGUAUAUCCUCAAGGACUCCGCCUCAGAAGGCCAUGAGGUGGUGGACUACAAGGACUGGACAAUGACAUUGACGCGCCGGUUCCGUGCGCUCAAGAUGUGGCUCGUGCUGCGUUGCUACGGCAUCGACGGCUUGCGCGAGCACAUCCGCUCCCACGUGCGCAUGGCCGAGGCGUUCGAGAACAUGGUGAGGGCCGACGAGAGGUUCGAGGUUGUAACGGAUAGGCAGUUCGCCUUGGUGUGCUUCCGUCUCCGGUCUCCUGAGAAGUAUGGCGGUGAGAAGACGGCUAACGAGCUGAACAGGGGCCUCCUUGAGGAGGUGAACGCGGUCAGCUUGGGACCGUACAUGAGUUCCGCAAGUGUAGGUGGCAUGUACAUGCUCAGAUGUGCCGUCGGGAGCACGCUCACGGAGGAGCACCACGUCAGCGAUGCUUGGAAGGUCGUCCAAGAUCGGGCUGCGUCGAUCCUUCGCAAAAUGGAGAUUAUCUACAGCGUGCUUGGUUAAAAGAUGGAUGCGCUUCUUCAAGUACAAUCUUCUUGGAGACGAACGUACGUAAUUAUUUACAAGGUCCGCCUGGAUUGGGCCGAUCGAAAUGGGGAUCCGUAUGUCGAUUUGUAUGUCAUUCUUCCAUCAUGUAUGUACUUUAUUUACACACGCACAUGUAGUUUACAUCUUUUUGCUCUUUGAGUUCUCAAACAAAGGUGUACUUGGGAACUGAGAUGUAUGGUAACGUAUAAUACAGUAUAAACUCGUUCAACGGUUAUAA